AGCUUCAGCCUGCAACGGCAUAAUGGUGAACAUCAACGCAAAUAUUAUUCUUCCCACUCUCCUCCUCUUCCUAUCCCUCACAAACACUACCCUCUCCCUUCCCCUACUUUCCAUAACCUCCAUGAACCAGACUCAAGUGUACAUCGUCCAUGUCCGGCACCCGGACGGCCCCAUUGAGCUCCUCUCCCCCGACGAGCGUGAGAGCUGGUACCAUUCUUUCCUCCCCAACAACACCCUCGACUACGGCGAACCCCGCAUGGUACACACCUACUCGGUCGUCAUGUCCGGCUUCGCGGCCCGCCUAACACCCAACGAAGUCAAGUUCAUGGAGUCCAUGCCCGGCUUCCUCUUCGCCCACAUUGAUGAACCGUUCCACCUCCGCACCACCCAUACUCCAUCCAUCCUUGGUCUCGACCAGUACAGCAGCCUCUGGCAGAAAUCCAAACAAGGUGAAGGCAUUAUCAUCGGUGUUUUGGAUAGCGGCAUCACUCCCAACCAUCCCUCCUUCGCCGACCACAACCUACCUUCCCCUCCUCUCAAGUGGCGCGGCCGUUGCGAGCUCCCUGCCGGCUCAUCUUGCACAAACAAACUCAUUGGCGCCGUAGCGAUCACCAAGAGUGGCAAAGAUACACCCAUUGAUGAAAAGGGCCAUGGAACUCAUGUCGCCGCUAUCGCCGCCGGCACCCCUGUUCCCGACGCCAACGUCCUCACCCAGGCCCAAGGGACCGCCUCCGGGAUGGCCCCGCGAUCCCAUCUCGCAAUCUACAAAGCGUGCUCUAAGAAAUCCUGCACCAACAGCAACAUGAUUAAAGCCUUUGAGCAGGCCAUUAUCGACGGUGUUGACAUAAUCCAAAUCUCCAUUGGUAAGGAGAAUUAUGAUUACAGCUCGAACGGAGUAGUCAUCGGUUCUUUUGCGGCGCUAAAAAAUGGAAUCUUGACCGUUAACUCUGCCGGCAAUAGUGGCCCUUUUAAAAGCAUCCUAGACAACGACGUGCCAUGGAUCCUUCACGUCGGUGCUGCUAACAUCGACCGUCGUCUCACUGCACUCCUGAAGCUCGGUAACGGCAUGGUGUUCGUGGGUGUUUCAGGUUUUCAGCCAAGCAAUUCAACAGCGGUUGACCUCCCGUUGGUAUACCCUGGAGUGAACAAGACCCAGGAGACAUUGUCGUGUCAGAAUGGGUCUAUGGCUGGCUUCGAUGUGGCCGGAAAAAUGGUUAUUUGCGGCACUGGUUACAUUGACAUAUCAAAAAAGGCUGAUGUCGUUAAGGAAGCUGGAGGUGCUGCCAUCAUAGUCCUCAACCAACCAUGGGAAGCUUAUACACUGAACCCGGACCCCUGCAGCAUCCCUGCUAUCCAUGUAUCCUACAACGAUGCCCUUAAGAUCCUGAACUAUUUUGACACCGACCGCAAUCCUACAGGGACGAUAACAUUUAAGGGCACUCAAUACGGAAUUCGGCCAUCGCCGACCGUUGCCAGCCUUUCUUCAAGGGGGCCGAGCUUACUCAAUGGCGGGAUUCUGAAGCCGGACGUCAUUGCUCCUGGAGUGACCAUUCUUUCGGCAUGGCCCUUCAAGGUUGGGCCUAGUUGGGCAAGCUCUAGUGACACUGCAUACUUCAGUAUUAAGACUGGCACUUCUAUGGCAGCGCCCCAUGUAUCGGGCGUUGCGGCGCUGCUGAAGAAACUGCACCCUGAUUGGUCCCCUGCGGCGAUCAAGUCUGCCAUAAUGACUACAACUUAUACAGAGGAUCGUGAUGGGGGUAAAAUCACCGACGAUGGUGAUGAAAAACGAGUUAAAGCUAAUGCCUUUGCUGUUGGGGCGGGGCAUAUAAACCCAUCAGCGGCUAGUGAUCCAGGACUUGUUUAUGAUCUGACUGACACAGAUGAUUACAUUCCUUACCUUUGCAGCUUGAAAGGGUACCGAAGUCCCAUGGUCACUCGUAUUGUGAAAAAGUUUGUGACGUGUGGUAUAAAGAAGAUGGGAGCGGAGGAGGUGAACUACCCGUCGAUACAGGUGUCAAUGGGGUCUGCAGGAUCGAAAACAAAGAGCGUGCCACGAAAGGUGAAGAACGUCGGCGAGGCAAGCUCGAGCUACACGGCGAAAGUGGAGAAGCCGAGCGGUGUGGAGGUUGUUGUUAGGCCGGAGAUGCUCAAGUUUUCGAGCAAAGGUGAGGAGCAGAGCUUCACAGUGGAGUUCAGCUUGACAGGGAAGGGACAAUUGAGCAAGGAUGAUGUUUUGGAAGGCAGGCUUAUGUGGGUAUCGCAAUCAGGGGGAAGGGUGGUGAGCAGUCCCAUUGUCGUCACAGCAUGAGCUGCAAUCUAAAUAAUAUUGAUAAGUUGGGUUUUGUAACGUGAAUAAUUGUUAUGGACAUGAGUGAAACUAAA